AUGGGUAGGGAAAGUUCUGAUCCCACUGUGGUUAGUUCCUCCAUUGCUCUCUUACAAGAGAGGUUCAGACAGUUGCAGAAAGUGAAGGAGAGGAGGGAGGAGCAGCAGCUUCUGAAGAUGUUAUCUGAGACUGAUCAUCAUCAUCAAAGGGUUGGCUCAAUAAGGCAUUUUGAAUCCGAUAUGGCCAGGCCAAGCUCUCCUGCAGAUCACUCACUCUCUCUGGGACUUAAUUUGCAGACUAGACAAGUUGAUCAUUGUGCCAUGAAGACACAGCCUUCCACAAUCUCAUGGCCCAACAAUACAACAGCUGCCUCAGCAGCAAGUGCUUCAAAAAGUUUUGACAAUUCAGACCUUGACACCUCUCUUCAUCUGUAG